CGAAAAGGGACAGCUUUCAACGUCUCUCCGCUAAACUGCAACUCUGAACGCCAUGCUUCCUCCGGACCGCAAUCGAAAGCGGGCCGCAAUUGCGGUGUUUCGCGCCUGAAUUCCAGAUUAUGUCCACCAUGUCGCAUCCUUGCAACCAGACAACGGCGCUCGCUUGGCUACAGGACACUCCGAGAGAAUGACGACCCGCAGCACCGUGGUGGAGGAUACUCAGGCGCUCCCAUAUAAGAGCAGGGGAGAGUCCCCCGCUUGUUUCGUUUCCUGGCCUUACCGCUCAGCCAACCCCGUCCAGCCAAUAUGAAAUUCUCGCUUCUGUCCGCGCUCGUCGCCAACGCCCUGUCCGUCUCGGCAGGGACCAUCCUCUGGGAUGGCCGCUUCAACGACCUCACAUCGUCAACCGACCUCAACAAGUGGUCGUGGGGAAACCAGGUUGGCCCGUAUCAGUACUACAUCCACGGUUCGUCCCCCGUGACGGCCUACGUCAACCUGUCGCCCGACUACAAGAAUCCGGCCGACACGGGCUCCAGGCAGGGCGCCAAGAUCACUCUCGACAACACGGCCUACUGGAACGGCCAAAACAUGCGCCGCACUGAGCUGAUUCCCCAGACCACGGCCGCCAUCAACAAGGGCAAAGUCUACUACCACUUCUCACUCAUGCGCAAGGACACCAACGCACCCGCUACCACCCGCGAGCACCAGAUUGCCUUCUUCGAGAGCCACUUUACCGAGCUCAAGUCGGGCUGGUUGUCGGGCGCCCCCGGAGUCUCGGACACGAAGCUGCGCUGGUGCGUCAGCGGCAACACCCAGUGGAGCACCGAGUGGGAGGCCAACGUGUGGCACAACGUCGCCUACGAGAUUGACUUUAACGCAAACACGGUCGGCUUCUGGCACUCGACCGGCAGUGAACCCCUGGCCCAGAAGGUCGCCCCUAUCAGCGCAAGCACCAGCAGCAACGGCGCCGAUUGGCACGUCGGCGUGCUUGAGCUGCCGCGCUCGGGGUACCCGGACACCACCGAGGACUAUUACUGGUCUGGCGUCUACAUUGAGAGCGGCAGCCUUACCACGUCGGUCGCUGGUCCUGGUUCGGGCCCCGGCGGCAGCUCCAGCAGCACUAGUAGCACGACCAAGACUGUCUCGUCGACAACCCUCAGCACGUCGACCACGACCACGACCAAGGCCCAGAGCACGUCGACGACCAGCACAGCUCCGUCCACCUCCACCCAGCCCAGCGGCUGCACUGCCUCGCACUGGUCCCAGUGCGACGGCAUCAACUACACGGGCUGCAAGACGUGCGCUUCUGGGUUCACGUGCAAGUACAUCAAUGACUGGUUCUCGCAGUGCCUCUAAGGGGUGAGGGAAGAGGGAUGAGGGUGGAGUGUUGACGAUUGCUGUACAUACCUCCCUUUCUUUGUCGAUAGUUGUUGCAUGCUUGGGAUCUAACUAUCCAAGCCCUUGAUGGUAAAUACACACAAAACGUUGGACAGUCAAG